CGCACGAUUGUCGACCGUAGCGCAUUGGUUUGCGAGCCGCGGCCUACUCGCACAUGCUCUUGUACAGAUUACGCUCUCGCAAUAGUAAACAAAGCCGUCAUUAAAUUUUCUUAGCGAAUGACCGCCCUGUGAAAUUGUUUGAUUGUGAGAACAGACAAGAAAUGGCCCAGAUCGUCAGCGAUUACUACGAUGGGUGCCGGCUAUUCUCGGGCCUUUCGGACUACCUUGGAAUUUCGGUCGAUAAGGUAAAUUUCGUCAUCAGCCAGAUCGUCGCUCUUCUCCUAGCCUCGUUCUUCCGCACCGUCCUCCAUCCAUCGAAGACAAGUGCAGCUACAAGACACGUCUUCGGCUUAGCUUUCGCCCUCCUGAUCGGUUACUUUUGUUUCGGGACACAGGCCGUACAUUUGGCAGCCCUUCCGGCAGCAUGCUACGUAGUAAUCCGAACCCAGAACCCAGAAAUCAUGCAAAGAAUGGUUCUAGCAGUUGCAUUAUUUUAUUUAUCGCUAAUACACAUACAUCGCCAGAUUUACGAUUAUGGGUCGUACAACCUCGACAUAACGGGACCAUUAAUGGUAAUAACCCAAAAAGUGACCAGUUUAGCGUUCCACCUCCACGAUGGCUUGACUAAAAAUCAGGAAGACUUGUCCAAGAGCCAGAAAGUGUACGCCAUCACGAAACUCCCCACGGCUCUGGAAUACUUCAGCUUCUCGCUACAUUUCCCGUCGCUGAUGGCGGGUCCCGUCAUGUUCUACAAGGACUACAUGGACUUCAUCGACGGCAGCAACUUGAAGUCGCCCGUGCUGCAGCACUCCACCGACGGCCAAACCAUCGUGAUCGAACCGUCGCCGCUAAGGGCUGUGUGUAAAAAAGUCUUUGCGGGGGUGGUAUGUGCCGCCAUUUUUGUAAAAUUUUUGCCCAUGUUUCCUAUAAGCAGAGUUAAAGAAGAUGACUUUGUGGAGAACACCAGCGUCACGCAAAAACUCGUGUACCUGUAUGUAUGUACAGCUUUAGUUAGGUUUAAGUAUUACUUCGCCUGGACUCUGGCGGAUGCCGUGUGCAAUAACGCAGGGAUAGGUUUCAACGGGGUGGACGAGAACGGGGCCACCAAGUGGGACAAAUUCUCGAACGUCGACAUAUUAGGGUUCGAGUGUGCCUUAAAUCUCCGUGACGCGAUCGCCUCUUGGAACCUCGGUACGAAUAAAUGGUUGCGAAUGGUUGUGUAUGAACGCGUGGACAAAUACUCGAUGAUUUUAACUUAUUCUCUGUCUGCCAUCUGGCACGGUUUCUACCCCGGCUACUACAUCACGUUUACGAACGGGGCCUUCUUCACCCUGGCAUCCAGAGUGAUGCGCAAAAGAGUGAGAAACUACUUCCAAGGAAAUGCCGAAACGAAAUUCUUCUACGACGCUGCCACCUUUGUGACGACACGAAUUUUGAUGGCGUACAUGGUGUACACAUUUGUCCUGUUGGAAUUUUGGCCUUGCAUACGUCUGUAUAUGUACAUGUAUUGGUGCCUUCAUUUGGCCGGACUGGCGACGAUUUUCAUUGUGCCUAUUGCGAUUCCAAAGACUGAAGCGGGACAAGUUGCAAAAAGUUCUAUCGCACAAGCUUUUGUCCAAGCGAGACCUAUAACCAACGGUCUGUCACGUCACCAUGACUGAUCACAUUCGAUUUUGUAAAGCUUUAAUUGUCAUGUAGUGUGUUAUCGAUGGUGUAGUUUUUAUUUGUCACUAAUAAAUUUGUUAUUUAUU